GUACACUCGUUUAAAUAACCCCCGGGAGAAUGUGCUGUAUGAUUAUACCUAAUCCAGGCUUAUUCAGAGGAUUCUGGGGCUGAUUUCUCCUCCUCCUUUCUUGCCUCCCCAUUCAUAUAACCCAGGCUGCCUCCAGCUAUCCCAUUGGACUUGCUGGCCCUGAGCACGUAAAGGUGCAGUGAGUCGUGGAGAAUGAUCAUGGUCAUCUCUGAGGCAGCAUGGUUCUGCCUGGCUGUCACUGCAGCCCUAGGCAGCAUAGUUUUCUGCAAACACAAGAGCCCAGGGCAGCUGGGGAGACCAGUGGUCUGGCUCACUGGACUCUGCGGAGGGGCUUACCUGCUCAUCUUGUCCUUCUUCUGGAGCUUGGUUCUCUUCUCCUUGUUGUGUUUCCUCAUGUGUAUGUACUUGGCUGACCAAGAGCUGUUACCCGUGGAUCAAAAGGCAGUCCUGGUGACAGGUUGUGAUUCUGGGUUCGGCCAUGCAUUGGCCAAGAACUUGGACAAGCUGGGCUUCACAGUAUUCGCUGGAGUUUUGAAUGAAAAGAGCUCAGGAGCUGAGGAAUUGCGAAGAAACUGCUCCAAGCACAUCACUGUGCUUCAGAUGGACAUCACCAACCCAGAACAGAUAAAAGAUGCUCACAGCAAAGUCAUAGAGAAGGUGCAGGACAAAGGACUGUGGGCUCUGGUCAACAAUGCUGGGAUCCUUGGCUUCCCGACAGAUGGGGAACUUAUUCCCAUGAUUGAGUACAAAAAAUGCAUGGAGGUGAACUUCUUUGGACCCGUAGAAGUCACGAAGGCAUUUUUACCUCUUCUUAGGAAAUCUAAGGGGAGGCUGGUGAAUGUCAGCAGCAUGGGAGGAGUGGUCCCAUUGCCAAAGUUCGCAGCUUACAACUCAACGAAGGCAGCUCUGACUAUGUUUUCUUCAAUUAUGAGGCAAGAACUUUCUGCAUGGGGAGUAAAAGUCUCUGUGGUCCAGCCUGGAGGCUUCCGAACAAAUAUUGCAGGCACAAAUGAUGUAUGGCUCAAGAACGAAAAGGACAUCCUGGACCACCUCACCCAAGAGCAGCUGAGGGACUAUGGCCGGGACUAUGUUCUUCUGCAGAAGAAUUUCCUCAAUAAGUUUGAAAGCUUUACCUGCCCAGACUUUACCCCAGUGCUCCGGGACAUCCAACAUGCCAUCUCUGCUCAGAGCCCGUCUCCCUUCUAUAUGCCGGGGAAAAUGGUUUCCCUGUGGGUCUACUUUGCCUUCCUUUCCCCUACCCACUUAUUUGAUUAUUGUGUUAAAAAAAUAUUUGUCAAGAGUGAGUAUAUUCCCAGAGCUCUACACAUGCCUAACUAGAAGAUCCUAGUAUCACAGUCUCUCUAGAAAGACAAUGCCUGGGUAUUGAUGGCUGCUGACUCAUCAGGGAAGUGACUGCUGAAAUCUGGGUGGCUGUUUCAAUUUCUUUCUCUCUCACUUUUUUUCUUCUGGUACAGGUCUUACUAUAUAAUUCAGGCUAAUCUUAAACUCAUUAUGUAGCCCAGCGGGCCUCAAACUUGUGGUGAUCCUCCUGCCUCCGCUCCUGAGUGCUGGGAUUAGAGGCAUACACCACCAUGCCAGGCUAUGCAAUUUCUUAAAAUAAGGCAACAGUGAAGUUUGCUGUAUCAAUGAACUCUUCAUUUUAUGAAAGAUUUUUCUGCAGCAUGUGAUGUUGCUUGAAAGCACUUUGCUUUCAGUAGAACUUCUUUCCGAACUGGAGGACCCUGUCAUACCUGCUUUUAUCAAUUAAGUUUAUUUAAUAUACUAAAUCCUCUGUUGCCAAUUCAACAAGGUGCACAGCACCUUCACCAGGAAUAAAGUUCAUCACAAGAAGGCACCUUCUUUGCUCAUUCCAGAGAAGCAACUUGUCAUGGUUCAAGUUUAAUUAUGAGGGUACAGCAAAUAGUCAGCUCUUCAGAGGGUAGGGAGGGCUAAGGAAAGGGACAGACACGGAGACAGCCAGCCUUCAGUUAAGUUCGCUGCAUGUGAGCCUGGACCAUGUUGCCCCAGAAUGACAGGCAAAGACCGCUGAUCACCAUGACAGAUGUAGUCAUGACCAAAAAAGUUUGAAAUAAUUGGAAAUACUACCAAAAUGUAACAGAGUCACAAAGUGUGCAAGUGCUCAGAGACUUGAUCAAUGUAUGAUUGUUACAAACCUUCAAUUUGUAAAAAUCUCAAUAUCUGUAAAGUUCAAUAAAGCAAACCAUAAUAAAUGGAGGUAUGCCCGUC